CUCAAACUUCAAAGAAAAACAAGUCACGUAAACGUUAUGAAUCAAACAAAUUAAAGAUCUCAGAAAAAUACUCCUAAACUGUGAAACCCGUGUUAAUUUAUCUUAUCAAAAUUAUAUCGUUAUUUUUUACCCGUGGCCCGAUCCACUCGGCGCUAUCUUCCAACUGUCGGCAGCUUGUACGGUUACCGACGUUUUAUUCUACUUUAGGUGCCUCUGCUGUAUCAGCAGACAAGAUGGUGAAAAAAAGUGCCUUGAGCCCCUUGGAUCCUAGUUCUUUUUCCAGACCAGAACUUGUCAAAGUAACUUCUAUUGGACUUAAUUUAAAUGUAAACUUUGAUAAGAAAGUUCUCUCUGGAACCGCUGAACUUGGGGUGGAGAGAGUUGAUAAGAGUAUUAAUGAAAUCAUUUUAGACUCCUUAAAGCUUAAUAUUGCAUCCAUUUAUGAUGUCCAAACUAAGAAGCCAUUAAAAUAUGAGUUAGGUGAACCUUUGGCUGAAUAUGGUUCGAAACUCACUGUGCAAUUACCUGAAUCCGAUAAGUGUGGAUGCAAUUACAAAAUAGGUAUUGAUUAUGAGACAAGCCCAGAAGCAACUGGUUUGCAAUGGCUUUCGCCAAAAGCUACAUGUGGUAAAAAGCAUCCUUUUCUGUUUAGCCAGUUUCAACCCACACAUGCUCGCUCAGUUAUCCCAUGCCAAGAUACACCAGGAGUAAAGACUCCAUAUACUGCCACAAUUUCAGCUCCUCAAGAGUUCACCGUUCUUAUGUCAGCCAUAAGAGAUGGCACAAAGCAAAUGCAUGGUGGAAAACUGUCCCAUUUUGUACAGAAAGUCCCUAUGCCUUCCUACCUGAUUGCUUUAGCUGUGGGAGAUUUAGAGUCCAGGGAAAUUGGGCCUAGAUCUCAUGUAUGGAGUGAGAGAGAAAUAAUAGAGGAGUGCGCCUACGAAUUCGCCAAUACGGAGCACCAACUCAAGACUGCCGAAGACUUGUGCGGUCCCUACGUAUGGGGCAUAUACGAUUUACUAGUUUUACCACCCAGUUUCCCUUAUGGUGGCAUGGAAAACCCUUGUUUGACUUUUGUCACUCCCACGUUAUUGGCUGGGGAUAGAAGCUUAGCAAACGUGAUAGCGCAUGAAAUAGCUCAUAGUUGGACCGGAAACUUGGUAACUAAUAGAAAUUUCGAACAUUUCUGGCUCAACGAAGGUUUCACGGUUUUCAUCGAAAGGAAAAUUAAGGGACGACUCGAGUCCCCGCAAAGUCAAGAUUUUGACGCGUAUACUCAUGUUACCGAAUUAGCUGAGACAAUAAAUCUGAUGGGAAAAACUAGCCCUUUAACCAAUUUAGUCGUGAAACUGGACGAUGUACAUCCGGACGAUGCUUUUUCUAUUGUGCCUUAUGAAAAGGGCCAAACUUUCUUGAGGUAUUUAGAAACUGUCGUUGGAGGACCAGCCGACAUGGAAGAGUUCCUUCGCACCUAUUUCUGGAAAUACAAGUAUCAAUCAAUAGACACGGACGAAUUCAAGAAGUACUUUGAAGAGUACUUUAAAGACAAGCCGGCUAUUAAGGAAAUUGAUUGGCAAACUUGGCUCUACACUCCCGGAAUGCCAAUCGUCAUUCCGGAGUACGAUAAAACGUUGGUCGUGGCUUGUGACGAAUUUAUUGAUAAAUUCGUGAAUUGGAGCGGAGAGGGUCAAAUGCCGGUUGGAGACCAAGAUAAGGAAAAGUUGUCCACUUUUCAGGUAAUCUACAUCCUUCAAAAAAUUUCGGAAAAACCAGCCCAGAACAUAGAAAAACUAAAAUCCCUUAACGCUCUGUUCGACUUGGACAAUGUGAAAAAUUCCGAAAUCAAAUUCCGUUGGUUGAGGAUUUGCUUGAAAGCCCACUGGGAAGAAAAGGUGGACACCGUCCUUAGCUGGAUCAAUAUCGUGGGAAGAAUGAAAUUCGUCAGGCCACUUUACAGGGAUUUAUACAGUUGGGAAAAGAUGAGAUCCCGGGCUAUCGAUAACUUUAAGGCCAACAGACAGGGCAUGAUGCACGUCUCCGCUUAUACUUUGGCCAAGGAUCUACACAUUGACGAGUAGUUUUAUUUACUUUUUGGUUUGUCUUUACCCAUGAUGUGCCUUUUAUUAAACUAGCAUUACUUUUUUACGUCAUUCCAAGUAUGUUUUUAUGGCAUAAACUGAGGUUGAUUACAGGCUGUUUAAUUUUGUUUUAAACAAAUACCUAUGCAAUACGUCUUAGCUUUAUUAUAUUAUUCUUUGACAAUGUUUACAUAUUGAUUUAAUAUAUGAACUUACGUUCUAAUGUGCAUAAUUUAAUUUGUGUAUUUGUCUUUUAUUACUAAGCAUAAUAUAUAUUGUUUUUAAUAUUUACAA